UUACAGCUGGCCCAAAACCGCCACAGGGAGGUGAUAAAAGCUUUAAAAGAGUCCUUAAGGCUGAUGAGUUUGUCUUAUGUCGAUUUGUACUUGAUCCACAAUCCUGUUGCUUUUACGCCAGACGAAAGCGCUUAUGACUUAAUCGACUACUUGGACACUUGGAAAGGCAUGGAAGAAGCAAAACGUCUGGGUCUAGCAAAAUCAAUAGGAAUAUCCAACUUCAAUAUCACUAUGAUUGAACGGCUGCUGGCGAACUGCGAUAUUCGACCUUCCGUCUUGCAGGUUGAGGUAAACCUAAACCUAGCCCAAAAGAGACUAGUGGACUUCUGCAAAGAGCAAAACAUCGUAGUCAUGGCCUACUCGCCCUUUGGUUCAUUGACAUCUUCGGAAGGUCCUCCACCGAAAGCUGAUGACCCUGUGUUACUGGGUAUCGCUCAGAAGUACAAGAAGACCCCUCAUCAGAUUGUACUUCGAUAUUUGGUGCAACGAGGUUUAGUACCGAUACCAAAGUCGUUUAACAAAGCCAGAAUUGAAGAAAACAUCAACAUUUUUGAUUUUGAAUUGACGCCUGAAGAAAUGGACACUUUGAGUAAAUUCAACAAAGAUUACCGCGUAGUGUAUCCAAGCUUCUGGCAAGAUCACCCUUACUACCCUUUUGAGAAGAAAGACGUCCCUGAUCCUGAUAUUUUUAUGAGAAAUAUUACUUUCUCGGCCUAACUUCGAGUACUGCGUAAACUGCAAUUCUAAAUAAUGAAUUUGAUGCGCUUUAUAUUAUGGAUAAGAAUUUUAUCUACACACAUAUCAUAAACCCUCUAUGAUGAAUUAAAAAAAUCGCAAAUUACGACCAGCAUGAAGAUAUACUGUUUUGUUGAAACAAAUUUCUUAU